GGUGCAAGUGCAAGCGCCACUGCUGGACCCACAGACGGUGGACUGCAGUGCCGUGAGGAGGACCGAGCCAACCCGAAGUGAUGGGCCCCCCAUCUUAGAGGAGGCUUGGUUGAAGGUGUUGUCCUAUUUCUCCCCAGCCGACCUAUGCCACCUGAGCCCCGUACACGCGAAGCUUCAUGCCUUGGCCAGCGACGAGGACACCUGGAAAAGCCAGUGCACUCUUCGGUGGCGCGGCAAGCAGUGGAUGAAAGCCGGGGAGCUCUUCCGAAAUGGUGACUACACUGGCUUGAAGCUGUCUGUGGCGGAGUGCAAGUCACUUCUGCGACGGCGGGGCGUGAAUGGGCUACCGCAUAUCACGGAGAAAGCAGAAUUACUCCACGCGCUUCACGAGACGAAUCCGCACGUUGCGGGAGCAAGGCGCAAAGCUGCGACAAUACCCUGCAAGUGGAAGCGAUCUUACGCAUAUGCCGAGCUUGAUAGCAAGAGAUCGCACAUCACCCAUGAUGAGGUCGCCCACUUUCGCUGGCGGCUGGUAUACCAUGGACGGCCUUCUUCAAUGGGCUUGAG